GAUACGGGCUUUAAUAAAUAGCUCGGUUUUCUUUACACCGAUGUUAAAGUUUGCAUUCGUGGCAGUUUUGCGUUGGGUUUGCGGUGGGCUGGUGUGUGUCUGGACCAAGAUGUCACCGGAUAUGUGGGACUAGUGAACGGACUUAUGGUUUUGUCCCAAAAAACGGCAAAAUUAACUGCGCUUAAAACGAACACCUCUAAUACCACUUCAAACACCCAAAGACUAUUGACGAAAUGUUGUACAACACCCCCAGACUCAUCAAGAUGAAUCUUCUCCUCAGUCUCAUCCUGGCAGGCACCCUCUUUUCCACCGGUCAUCCACUUGAGUGCUUUCAGGGCACGGAUGCUACUGAAUCAUGCACAACCCCUGUGACAUGUCAGGACAAUGACAAUGUGUGUGGAAGUUCAACUUUAGCUAUUUACACCGGGGACUGUCUGUCUCGUAAAACAGGUGAAAGCAAGUGCGUAAAACCUCAGGAAUGUGUCUCUUAUUCACUCAAUUUGGGACCCGAGAGGACCGUACUGCACAGCGAAUGCUGCAAGACUGACCGCUGCAAUACUGGAAUCUCCACUGAAAUUAACAAUUCACCAAAUGGGAGAAAGUGUUUUGGUUGUAUUAACGAAGACAACUGUACAAGAACUGUCGACUGUCGUGGAGAUGAACAUUAUUGCUUGAAAGUGACCAUUAAGGAAAGCAACAAAACCACGAAAGGAUGUGCUUCUAAGCACUACUGUGAUCAUGCAGCCAUUCACUGGCAGCUCGCAAACAAGGACGAAAAGGUGAGCUGCUGUGACGGAAACCUGUGCAAUGAUGCUCAGCGUCUAGUCCUGGGUGCCCUCAUCCUGCUGGUACCCCUGGUCUCCAUCAUCCUCAUCCAGUAAAGCAGCAGAAAAGCCCUGGUUUUCACUUUCCUGCUCACGCUAACCCCCCCCUUGCCUGUAAACUGCUGUACAAGAAACAUAUCACACAGUGUAAAUUAUGGGCGUAAUGCGUGAAGGAGUAUGCUUCGCUUUAAGAGAGUUUAUGGUCAGUUGUAGUUUGGUCGAAUUUUUUUCAAAAUUAGUGACAACGCAAGCUUUGAUCUCGGUCCCGGAAGCACUUAGCGACUCCCUCUUGCUGGCAAUACUGCAUGUAUCUGAAUCUUGAUUGAAUCAAUAAAGUAUUUUACCUGACUGGCUACAAGGGUUGUUUUCUU